AAUAAAAUUUGGUGUUAUUUCUCUUUUUUGUUUUCUUUUUUUAAAAAAACUUAUAUACAAAAAUGUCAUACUAUCAACAAGGCGAAUCUAAUUCUUAUCAAGGCGGAGAGUCCAACUCCUACCAAGGUGGCGGUGGUGAACAACAAGAGCAACAACAAGAUCCUUACCAUGGUUAUGGUAGACCUCAAGAAUCCGGACAAGGUCAACAAUCUCAACAAUACCAUGGUUAUCAGAAGCCUGAUGUCCAACAAGCUGCUCAAUAUGCUAAACAAAACGCACCCGAUAAUGAUGAUGAUGACAGCAUUUUCUCGUCAAUUCUUUCAAAGGUAAUCGAUCGUGAUGACGAUGAUGAUGAUGAGGCCCCCCACAAGAAGCAAGUCAAUGAACAUGAAGCUCAAGAGGCUGCUAAUGCUCACGACCAAAUCUAUAACCAAAAUAACGGCCAACCUGCCGAGGAAACUUCAUCACGCGAUAUGGGUUCUGCAGCUGCCAUGCAAGCUUUUAAAAUGUUCUCCGGUGGUGGAGGUAACAGCAGUGGUGGAUCCAGUCAGUUAAUCGGUUUAGCUAUGGGUGAGGCCAUGAAACUUUUCCAAGCUCAAGGUGGUAAGGCUAACCAAGGUGAGAUGCUUCAAAGUGCCGCAACAAUGGCCAUGAAGCUCUUUAUGACUCAACAAAGCGGUGGCUCUUCUAAUAGCAGUGGUGGUCUCGGUCAAGUCAUGGGUAUCUUAAGUAGCUUGCAAGGUGCUAGUGCCCCUCCUGCUGAGAAGCCUAGCGGAAUGGCUAGCUUAUUGGGCAAAUUUUUGUAAUACAUAUUUAAUGUAACACCACAUCCUUAUAAAUAAAAAAAUAAAACAUCUCUGUGGAAACAUUU